AUGUCGACAUGGGUGGCCCUCAACAUCGAGCCCGACGAGGCAAUCGAGGAGGAGGUCGAUGAUACAAAAGAAAUCCAGAUCGAGGAAGCGCUGAAGCUAUAUCAGAACGCGCUGAAACUUCACUCUCAGGGUCCGCGAUACUACAAGCAAGCUGGCGAGGCAUACGAGGCCCUCCUAGAUUCGGAGAUCUUCAAAUACCCCGAGUCGCUUUCUGAUCACAAGAGAGCUGCGUUGCAGGAUGCGGAGCCUCAAGUUGGUGGCACAACAAACGACGCAGUGGUAGGAGAAGCAGCGUUGGAUUUCAAUAUAAAUGAUACUACCUCGAGCACUUUGCAACAGACAAUCUAUCUCUCUUACAAGAACCACGGACAAUACGUUCUCGACGCUCUACGUGCAUCCCUUCAGGAGCUCUCCAAGUUGUCUGAAGACUCAUCUCACCUUUCAUCUAAAAUUGCCGAGAGUUCUACCACUGCUUUGGCACAGUUUGCGGAAGCGUUAGAACGCGAUGACACCGACCUGAACCUGUGGAGGCAGAGCGCGAGACUGUGUAGUGCGUUGCAGAGCUACCGGCUUACUCGUUUCUGUCUGGAGAGUGUCUUGGCUGAUGAUGAUAACCGGUUGGAGGUGCGGUCAGAGCAAUUGGGGCUGGAGGAAACAUUUGCAGAAGAGGGCCUCAGAAAGACGUUGCAUUCAGUGCAGGAUCGUUUGUCUGUGUCGCUUGUUCCUAUCAAAAAGCCGAAGAAGGCUCUCCUAAAAUUCUUCAAGCAGCAAAGCGAUCCGUACCCCUAUUUGCCUUCGCUACCAGAUAACCUACAGGACCUGGACUCCUCGAGAAACCCAUUGGCGUUCCGUGCUUCUACGCAUGAGAUCAAAAUUGACUCCCUGACAUGGGCCGCUAUUGGUCAGGCUAUCUUGACUUUCUUAGACGACAAGAAUGGAACACCCUCGCUUGCCCCUGGAACGUCUAUCACUAUUUCGUUACCAGCAGACAGUCCUGAACUGAAAACAGCCUCAAUCACAGCGCAGCGGCGACCCUCGAAGGCUCAAGUCGACGAAAAUAACAAUCAGGAUGUACAAAUGGAUGAUGCGCAAAGUGUCGGUGCCCGUUCGGUCACCGGAGCCCAGGGACGAGAGCUCGCCAUGGAACACGGAGACGACCAGUCUUCAGUCGACCAGCGAGCAGAGAAACAAUUGAUCGAAUCUCUUGAAGUCCAAUCAAUUCAGCACCAGCAAAGUACAGACCCACAAGAGGAUAUAAAAGCCGAGGAAGACGACUUGAAGUAUCCUGAAAAUACGAGUCGCAAACGUUCUUCUGGUUCUGCUAUCACCGAAGAUCAGGCAGAGCGAUUGAGGGUCAAAAGCAGGAGGACUCGCUUGCGCGACUCACUCGCUGAAGCCUCAACACAUACUGACGACGUUGUGUUUGAUCAGGCCAAGUAUUAUGAAGAUCUUUUAGAACCCUAUAUUCAAACCGACGAAGGGGUAUUUGGCACAGUUGGGGCCUUAUUGUCGAAACUUGGUGUUGAGGAUCUGGGGACAUUUGAAGAGUUACGGAGAUCAGUGGCAUCUGCAGGUGAACGAAAGGACUCGCCGGUUACUCCAGUCAACAUUGAUAAUGCCGAGGUGCUUUUACAGGAUCUCAGGAAUGUCCUCACUCAGUGGGAUGAAAGAUUGUAUCAGGUAAUGCAACAAAGCGACAGCCUGGCGGGUCUUCAGGAUAUAAAGAGUAUGGGCAGAUCUGGGCUGGCAGUCUUUCUUGAACAUUCGAAAAAGACGACACACAAGUUGAAAUUGAAACAAACGUUCAGCGGAGAGGAUGAGUUGUUUGAUUUUAUUCGAGCAGUCAAUGGUAGCCGCCUUCACCUCCAUGAUGUUGUUUUCGAGUGGUUGGGAUGCCUUUUGAGGCCGGAUUAUAAGAAUUUCUUAACCCAUGAUAACCAGUUCAAUGACUGGUCGCUGGUCGAAUCAUCCUAUGUCGCUUACCAAUGGCCAACUACCCUUAAGGAUGUUGUGCUGCAGCUUUUAUCCCUUGAAGACGAAUAUAUCCACGGCAAAUUGGAAGAAGGAAUGCAAACUCUAGAGCAUCAUAUCCUUGAAGCUCAGUCCGGAACCCCAUUCCGCUAUACAGCAAAACACUUUGCAGACUUGGAGAUGAUACAGGCUAUCUAUGAACUUCACCUCGAUUUAUAUGCACCUAUGAAUGCUCCAAACAACGAGACAGACCACCGAACAAGGACUCUGCAGCAGGAUCGUUUGGCAAGAUGGUCCAUGCUAGCACGUAGUGCACUGACUCACUUUAUUGACUGCUGUCCUGAGCGAGUAAAUCGAGAGCGGAUAACGAUUCGCCAUAUCUGGGCGUCCACGUUCCACUCGAAUAUGGGGGUUGAUGCUCAGCGGGAACACAUUUUACUCUGUCUUGAAGAUCUCAAACGUCUCUUCAGUUGUCUCAAUGAGCCUGUGCUCUCACUCGCUAACAGCUCCAUCAUGUCCGAACUGUCUUGUGAGGCAAUCGAUCAAGAGAUCUCAAAAUUGAACUCCAUGGAUUUUUUCACGCGAAUUUUCAACCCCGACUCUGAAGACCCCGUUGGGCUUAUCGAGACAAUCGAGCCUAUCGUUGAACCCUCGGCGGUUCAAUUCGAGGAAGGGUCUGAGGAUCGACAAAGCCUACAACGCCGUGAAAUGGGCUCUUUUCUGGAUCGAGGCGACGCCACUCUCAGGCUUUUCUUAUGGCGUCGACUUCAGGAUGCCUAUAGGAAGAUUGAUUAUCCUCCAAAGGUAGUAUCUUGUCAUUUGAGAAGCAUCGAAACAAUUAUCAAAGAACUCCGAAGCCAGGCAUAUGUGGAGGAACCUGGUGAGCACCGUCAAGCAACGCUCGUCCGAUGGCUGAAAUCACUCGAUGGGAUGCUGAGCAAAACUGUGACAACGGUUCUGCAAGAGUCCGACAAAGCUUAUGAUUGCUUCGAUACGGAGCAUGUCAAGUCCUCAAUGUCAGCUGUGGCAUUUCUAAUAAGACUACUUCACAGUUUUGUGCUCUACGACGAUUCGGUGCGCGUUGGACAAUCGCCAGGUAUAGAUCUGCGGGCAGCUCUAGCAAAAUCACUGGAAAACUUCAAAGAGAAGAUGCGUGAUAUGUUAGUCCGUUGUUGGGUUUUGCUAUACACCCUUCUAAAAGAGGCUAUUGCUCAGAACCAAGAAAUGUUCGACGAGCCUUUGGAGGACCGCGUCUAUUACUUACGCGCCGUGCACAAUUCUCUUGGCUUGCGCCAGAUGUGCAAAAGAUCUCGCAAUCAGUUCCUUAAACUGGUCAAGUCUGAGCUUCUCGCUUUGGACGUGGAGCAAGACAUCGAGGCUGAUAUCUGUCAAAUCCUCUUUGACAUCCAUGGGGUCAAAUUAAGUCUAAGUGACCAUUUAUUAAGUGACCAUGGCUGCGUCCCGGAGAAGCUCGAUCGCUCGACAGCUAUCAUGAUGAUUGAUUUUGUAAUGAAACAGGCGAAGAAGAUUAACAUCAAGGAUCUUUCCAAGUCGGAACUAAAGAACACGAUUGAAAAGAUGCAACAGUCAAUUGGAACGACUAAAGCAGUUCCCCCUGUAUCAUACAAUCGCCGCAUCUUGAACGCCUAUUUAAAAACCCCAAUCAACCCGUCAGAGCUUGUCCGCGCUAUUCAAGGAGUAACAGAUCUUCCAUUCAUUCCUGUCCCCAGCCAAACAGCAGUCAUUGCUAAUAGCGGUUGGUAUUUCCUCUUGGGUUAUGCUGCCCUCACCAAAUUCCGCUCGCAGAAGCGACUGAACCCGGUGCCUACCACAGACCUUGAUGAAGCCAUCAGUUGGUUUCGGCAGGACUUGGAACAUAACACCUCAAGGUGGGAAAGCUGGUACCGGCUUGCCCAAGUCUGGGAUUCCAAGGUUGAGGAGGAUAUCACUUGGUCUGCAGACAAGAUCAACAAUAAUCGCACCGAACUGGUUACCUGGCAGCGCAACGCAAUCCACUGCUACGCAAUGGCGGUAGCCACAGCCGCCAAAACUGCAGAGUCGGGACCAGAAACUGGAGCACUCUUAGCAGACCUCUAUACGGAUUUCGGAAUCCGUCUUUACUCUUCGUCUAGGGAGCCUCUAUCUAUGGCCGCAUUCAGUGUGGCAGACUUCACGCGUCAUUUCAGCAAUGAAGAAAGCCAGCAGAUGUAUGAGGGCCGGCCAUUCAAAGAAAUGAAGGUAUACAACGUUUGGAGACUUGCCGCCUUUCUUUUGAGACAGGCGCUUGUUGAUAAACCAAAGAACUGGAUGACACAUUACAUGCUGAGCAAAUGUCUCUGGAAGAUGUUCAGCUGCGAUGACUCCGUUCGGGGAUCUUCGAAACGCAUCAGCCUUGAUAGUGUCCUGGACUCCCUCCUCGACACCAUUGACGCCCUGCCACAGCGGAAAGACUCGCGAUCUGAGCCCAUUUUUGAGCCUCACUAUAAGCUUGUCUCUAUCAUACACAAACUCGUCAUAAAAGAAGUUCUAACGCCCGCAGAGGCAAGUAAGACUUUGGUUGCGACACCCUGGGCUAGAAAGGUGCCAGCUUGCGAGGAUCGAAAUUCCUGGAAAAAAUACAUCCUCGAUGUGCUCAAGAACCUGAAGAAUGCCGAUAAGGCAAAUUGGCAUCAUCGUAUGGCUGUUAGGUCUGCACGUAUCAUUUAUGACGAUAACAAAGGUGCUAUUGCCGCUGCAGAGGCUAAGAGUGAGCUCACGCAGCAGAUAUUCACUAAGACCAUGACCAUUCAGGUGUGGAAACCGGAGUAUGAGCGCCCCGGUAGACACUUCGUAUACACGACAAGAUAUGCAUACUUCUUCGUCACUCUACUUGAUCAGCUUGAUGACAGAGCUAAUCUCGAGCAAUUGCUACGUCGUGUUCGAAAAAAGCAAGGCGAUUUCAUCAAUCAUACUAAGUUAUGGGAGGAUAUGUGUCUAACCUACGCCCGCGUCAUACGUAGAGCAGCUGGGAUUAGUGAGGGCCAUGAAGAAAGUGUCUUCAAACCGAUAGGGUGGGAGGAGUUCUCCUCCAACACCGCCCGUCUAGAAGAGCUUCCUCAGCUUGCGCCUGAAAGUCCGUCACUUCUCGAGCUCCUCCGGGACGCGAUUGAACUCAAGAAACUAAACAACAAUCUUAUGAAAGUCGCGUUACUUGAAGAUCUUAUUGCGGACGUCUACUCCCGCAUCUACGAAGUUAACCUGCCCAUUCUCCUCGAGCAAGUUGACGAAGAAAAUAAGGAGAAGAUGAAAGUCGACCAUAUCCUCAUGACAGCUGACGGCGCAGCAACAGCCGACACCUCCACGCCGCCAACCUCCGCACCGGCCUCAGAAGCCCCUGCCCCGCGUGGCCGCACAAAAGGCAUAGCUCGUCGCGACAUCCAAAAGCGCGCAGAGGCCAUAGUCAGCCGCAAGGUACCGCCCCGUGCGCCCGCCACUAAAGCACCAACGACGACCGAAACCGAGUCCGCAACCAACGCUACAAAUUCAGUAGGUCCUAAACCAGUCGUGGAAAUCAGUGUCCGCCAACCUCCUGCCGCAGUAGUAGAUUCAGCAGGGCAGCAAAGUGAUAUUCCAAACAGUCUGCAUGACAGCGCAGAUGAUGAAAGCGAGCUAAGCGAAAUCGAUGAGGACAAGCUCUCGAAGCUCGCCGCUGAUCCGAAAAUGCUCUUUCCCAAUUUCGGUCAUAGGAGUAGGGGUUCCCUAGAGCCAGACUCAGAGCUCUCUGCGCAGGCCAGUCCUUCCGGUGACGCAGAUGUUGCGAAUGAGAAUGAGGAGGUCGGCGAGUUAGAAGGGGAUGACAGGGAAGGCGAAGAUGAAGGUGAAGCUGGACCGGAUGCUGAUCUUGAAGAAGAGAGUAUGAAUGAUGGCGAUGGCGACGGCGAUGGCGAUGAAGCUGGCGAGGGGGAGGGCGAGAACGAGAACGAGAACGGAAAUGACGGUAAUGUCAGUGGCAACGACGAAGACGACGACGUCGAUAUGGAAGCUGGAGAAGAAGAAGAGGAAGCCCCUGGACAGGAUGGUGAAAUAGAAGGAAACACGACCAUGGAGGGCACGGAUGCAGCUGACGGCGAGGAUCCUGAGCAUGUACACCGUCAGGAACAGGAACAGGAGCAACAAGUGGGUGGCGAGCAGGAAGGCGAGACUGUUUAUGACACCGAGCUCGCGACUGAGCUUUGA